CCCGCCUCUUGUUUCUCCAAUCCCUUAUCCAAGUCAUUUCGUCAAAAUAGCGCUUGGAAAAGGGAAACGGAUGAUUUGCUUUGCGAGUUAUCCAGCAUGUGUUCGUAAACGGCGUGUACAACAGUUUGCUUUGCCUAUUGCUACACGUGAUUGGCAAAUGGUUUGCCAGAAUAUACCCUGACCAUCGUGGCCAGGGAGUACACAUGACUCCAGGAUUUUGUCAGAGAGCAAGAUCGGGAGAGACUUUGAGGCUGGAAUCCACAGUGGCCUCCUGCUCGGGGACAGUGGUUACCCCUGCCGACCAUGGCUCAUGACGCCCUUCAUGAAUCCCCGUAAUGCUGCACAGGAAAGAUACAACAACGCUUUGACACACACAAGGUCUAUAGUUGAAAGGACGAUCGGACAGCUUAAGCGCAGAUUUCACUGUCUCCAUAGCGAGCUGCGCAUUGAGCCGUCAAGAGCUUGCAAAAUUAUUGUGGCCUGUGUGGUUCUUUUCAACAUGUCAAAGAUGUAUUCUGCCUUCGAAGAGGUGGAUGAACUCGAAGAAGAGGGACAAGAAGCAGAAGAGGUUCAUGAAGCAAAUCAUCUGCAACAAGAUUUCCAGCAGGCUGGAUUUGCUGUCAGAGAUGCCAUUGUGAAUGCGUUCUUUAAUUAGUAGGCUAAGUUGUAGCAAAAAAAGUGGGCCUUAGUACAAAUAUUAGUAAUAAUAUAUAUUAUUUUAGGCUAUUAGUAUAGUAGUGUAGUCUAAAGUAGGCCUAGUUGAUAUUAAAACAAUAUAACAAUAUUAUUUAUUAGUAGCCUAUUGCUAGCAAUAUUUUAUGUGAAUGUAAUAGCUAGGCCUAUUGUUAUUAUUAUUUGUAAUUUAUAAUUUCAUAAAUAAAAUACAACAGAUAUACAACAUAAAAUGUAUUUAUUUGUCAACUGACGUGAUUGUUACUUUUCCUUCGCUCUGUAGCUGUAGAAGCUUAUUGUUGAGAAUAAAGUUGUACAGAUCUUGA